AUGAACAACUUCCCCUACACAUACAUCUCAUGCCCCUGCUCCGACAACCAACGUCCAGCAUGGAAACGCGAAGCCCCCAAUCCAGACCCAGAGACCUCCUCAGACGACGAGGAAACAACCUUCCAACCAUCCCACCGCCGCUCAGCAUUCUCCCUCUUCCCACCAGAACACCUCCUCUACUGCGAAGAAUGCCAAGACAUCAAAUGUCCACGCUGCGUGACCGAGGAGAUCAUCUGCUGGUACUGCCCCUCGUGUCUCUUCGAGACGCCGAGUUCGAUGGUCAAGUCUGAGGGGAAUCGGUGCGCGAGGAAUUGUUUCAAUUGUCCGAUUUGUACUUCGCAGUUGAUUACGGCGAGUGUGGGGAAUGUAAGGGAUGGACCGUUUAUUCUGAAUUGUAAUUAUUGUAUGUGGACGAGCCUGGAGAUUGGGAUUCAAUUUGAGAAGCCGACGAAUUUGAGGGGGCAGUUGGAUCGGAUUGCUAAUGGGGGAGGGGUGAGGCAGCCUUUGAAGACGUCGGAGACGGGUGAGGCUUCGAGGUCGUCGUCUUUGGCCAAGGAUCCAUUGUCCCCAGCCGGCGAACACGCAGCAAAGGAUGAAGCAGCACCUACAGCAGAAAUGGACGACACAGCACGCUUCAAAGCGCUACGAACAUUCUACAAGGACCAAAUCACAGCCGUCUCCAGUGGUGACAGCGGCCUGCCAGCAUCAGCACUCGACCUAGCCUACUCCUCGCCCUCCUCCCUCACACGAAUCAUGAAUCUCUACUCCAACCUCGGAUCCUCCGGUCUCAAGAAAUCCCGUUCAAAACCGACUGUCAUGCGAGAAGCCCUCACUCCAGUCGAGGGCCUCCUCAUCCCCUCCCACCCCAACCCAGCUCCACCACCGACCUCAUACUCCGACACAACCUCGACCACUCAACGCCUGUUCCAACACCCCUCCUAUCUCGGCGCCCCCCAGCCAGCUCCCACAACCGCCUCCCUCCGCCCGAUGCCCACCCUCCUGCGCACCAAACGCUCCAAACGCUGCGCCACCUGCAAGCACAUCCUCGUCAAGCCCGAGUUCAAACCCACGUCGACGCGCUACCGCAUCAAGCUCAUCGCGCUCAACUACAUUCCCUUCGCUAUCCUCAAGCCCCUGCCUGUAUCAGGCGGUUUGCGUCCCUCCACGACUCCGGACGGCGGGGAUGUUGUGCUGCAGCCCGGGAAAGCAACGCAGUUUGUGCUGACGCUCAAGAAUCCACAGUUCGAGAACAUCAAGGGGCGGAAUUGGGCGAGUGUGGUGAUCGAGGUGUUGCCGGCGACGAGUUUGUUGGGGUUGGAGAGAGAGUUGGACGAGGAUGAGGAUGUGAUUGAGGUGCCGAUUCGGGUCAGGCUGGAGUGGAGGGUUGGUGAGGAGGAAGGGGAGGGGGGAAAGAUGAAGAAGAGUAGUGAGAAGGCGUUGGAGGAGGUGGGGGACGUGGAUGAUGGGAGGAGGGAGUUGAGUUACUGGAUGGUACUGGGGGUUGGGAGGGUGGCCGCCGCUGCUGUUGCUGCUACUGCUGCGGCUGAAGAACAGCAGGCGCAGUGA